AUGGCGAGGCGAGGCGAGGGCUCGGUUGGGCUGGCUGGUUGGGAGAGGACUCAGCAACGACAGCAACAAGCAAAUGCGGCGGGAGGUGGCAGGACAACGGGCGGGAGUCGCUCGCUGCAGCAGAGGAAUUAUUGUGGGAGCCGGCAGGUUGGUGACGACGUUUGGGAGAAGCAAAGAACGAAAGGAUUGUAUGAUGAGGGCUUGAAGAAGGCCGCGAAAGGAGACGCGCUUGCCGGAAUGGAGCGGUGCCAUCCUGGAAAGGAAGGGCCACCAGAGUCUAGCUGGGCAGGCGCGGGCCACUCUCUGCUGCUGCACCACAGGCACCAUGGCAAGACCAGCACGACGGCACCACCGCGCAACCCACCGCAGCCCACAGCCCACAGCCCACACACGCACACAAACCCUCCGACACCUGCCUGUUCGUGUCUGCCGGCCUGGAGCGGCCAACCCUCCUGCUUGCGGCCUAGCUGCUACACCUGCUGUUACUCUUGUUGCCGCUGCCACGGCCUGCCGCUGUCUGUCUCUGUCCAUGUCUCCGGCAUGUCUCUGCCGUUGUUUUGCUUUCCGUCUCUGCUGCCUCUGCCUCUGCCUCUGCCUCUACCUUCAGCAACAGCACAACAAUACAACAACAACAAUAACAAUAACAAAACCCCCCACGACCAAAGCUCCCGGCCCCUACACUCUACUCACGACACGCUACCCGACCUGCCCACUCCUCUCCGCUUCCAGGAACCCGUCAUGGUACCUACUUAG